CAAAGUUUUACUCACACCCAUUCGUCAAUAAUUCAUUUCUUUCACAAGGAAUAUUUUCCGCAUAAAAUCAGUACUUUUCCACUUUCGAAGAAAUUAACAACCUUCGUUGCCUAGAAACCGUCCCUGGUGACAUGCACAAAAUAUCCCCCCAAAAUAUACGGGGUAAGUUCUGUGGUGACAUGUUUUUCCGGAUACACAUGGGGCACAUGUAAAAUUUUGUCGCGAUUUCCCUCAAUUGUCUAUCUAUGAUUUCGCUUUCAAUCCAUAGAGAAAGUGAAAUAAUUAUUUUACUUACUCUAUGUCCCAACCUCUGUACAUCUCCUUUUGUGAUCUGCAACUCUUGAACUCUUUUAUAUAGAAAUAACUCUCGGAUGCAAAGACAUUAAUUUGUGUGUACAUUAAACUGCGAUUCAAUAUAUAAAUCAGUUGAAAUCAAUUAAGAAAAAUGCAUUUUGUUAGGGGAAUGUAAGUGAGAGGCAGCUGUUCGCUCUAUUUUAUUAGGUUAAUCUCUGAGUUAACCUUUAUGUGUUCUUGAAAGUGCAAAGAGUUAUUUAUAGUUAGUUAGAUUUCUAUUGUGGCUCACGAGUUGAUGACUGUGACUGUGAAGCUACGAAAAACUAUGGCCAAAGAAGAAGAAUACGAUAAGUUGCCUGAUAAAGAUGCUGCGAAAGAGUUCUAUGCCAAAUAUGAGCCCAAAGAGAUACUGGGAAGGGGAAUAUCUUCCACAGUGAGACGAUGCAUUGAGAAGGAAACGGGCAAGGAAUACGCAGCCAAAAUUAUAGAUUUAAGCAAUGAUGAUUCAUCAGUGGAAGCCACCCAUCAGGAAGUAAACAUCUUGAGGAUGGUCGCUGGCCAUCCCUAUAUAAUUGAGCUACAAGACGUGUUUGAAUCCAGCACAUUUAUCUUCUUAGUAUUCGAGCUGUGCAAACAUGGAGAGCUAUUCGACUAUCUAACUUCAGUGGUAACGAUGAGCGAGAAAAAGACUCGCUAUAUUAUGCGGCAAGUGUUUGAAGGUGUGCUGCACAUCCACUCUAGAGGCGUUGUUCACAGAGAUCUAAAGCCAGAAAAUAUACUAUUAGACGACAAUUUGAAUGUUAAAGUAACUGAUUUCGGAUUUGCAAAAGUGCUGAAGAAAGGCGAACUUUUGCAUGACUUGUGCGGCACCCCGGGAUAUCUGGCUCCUGAGACCCUAAAAACGAAUAUGUUUGAUGACGCUCCCGGUUACUCGUUUGAUGUAGACGUGUGGGCUUGUGGCGUCAUCAUGUACACUUUAUUGGUGGGUUGCCCUCCGUUUUGGCACCGAAAGCAAAUGGUGAUGUUACGCAAUAUAAUGGAGGGAAAAUACUCGUUUAGUUCGCCAGAGUGGGCCGAUAUUUCCGAAUCACCAAAGGAUUUGAUAAGAAAGUUACUAGUAGUGGACCCGAAGCAAAGAAUAGGCAUCAAAGAAGCGUUAACCCAUGAAUUCUUUCAGGCAGUGAAACUUGAGACAGUUUGCCCGGAUACUAGUUUAAAUAUUGUUCAACUGUGGGAUCAAGACAUCUCCACGCUGAAAAAGUCUCUACGCAGAGAUUCCCGCAGGAUGACAAUAAUUUCAGAGUUGGCUUUGAAACUGCAAGCGAGCCACUUUGAUGCGCGCAGAAAAUUCAAGUUGGCCAUUAUGUUUGUGCGAGCGAUGAUCCGAAUCCAACGACUUCGAUUCACUCCAGAGCCCCUUUCAUUGGAGGCCGCGAGAGGCGAUCCAUAUAGGAUCAAGAUACUUAGAAAAUUUCCGAUAUUUAUUUGCAGAUUGUAGAUGGGUGUGCGUUUCGCGUGUAUGGCCACUGGGUGAAAAAGGGCGAAGGACAAAAUCGAGCGGCUCUAUUCGAAAACGCCCCUAAAACCGAUCUCAAACAUAUAUACCUCGCAAAUCUUAGUCGAUAGUUUUUAAUUUUAGAUAGUUCCUCGUUGUUAGAAUUGAUUAAUUCACUUUUUUGUAUUAGUUUCGUAGUGGCAUUGCAGUUAAGGCACUCUAAAUGCCUUAUACUGUGUAAGGAGCCCUGCGUGCCGCAAUGUAAGUGAAUUACAAAGUUUUCGGAAAAACUUUCCUUGCCAAUGUACUGGGUAAACCUUAGCUAGACAAACAUGUGUUAUUUAAAUAUUAAAAAACUAAUGAGCA